AUGAACGCCCUCAACUUUAUGCUGAUCGCCGUGCUGUGCCUGGCUAGCUAUGCACAGGCCGCAGCGCUGCCGACCUCCGUGGGAGUAGCGACACCUAGCCCAAGGCCAGUCGCCGGCGAGUCCGCGACAGCUACAGUAGUGGUCAAUAUUGAGACGAACCUGUCGGCUGAUCUACCUCGUAUCCUGUCGGAGGCCAGGGAGCUGGAGAAGAUGGUCGAGAUGAACGGCGAGCCGACAGCUGCAUCGGCCAAGGCGGCUUCUGCGCGGGGGCCCGGGGAGAUCGAGGAGUUCAUGAGCGAGAUCUAA